GACUCCAAGGCUAAUAAGUUAGCGCGCGCUACUUCAACGUUUGAGCGCACUACAGCGUCCUUUUCAUUCAUCGAUUUGCACUUUCUUGCCUGAUUGAAUAUGCUGCGGUCUGGCGCGCUACUUGGACGUCUAUUGCGUCGUACUCAUCAUGGAUGCGCUUCUGUCGUUCGUCCUCCAACGCCCCACAACGAACCGAUUCAAUACUUUGCGCCAGGAAGCGACGAACGAGCCAAACUGCAACAGGCUCUGGCUGAGUUAAAAAGCAGCCCACCGGAGGAAAUGACAUGCUUUGUAGGAGGAGAUCAGAUCAGGACAGGAAAUAUUAGAGAUCAAGUUUCUCCACAUGAUCACGCGCAUGUGAUAGGUCGCUACCACUUGGCAGAUGAGAACACAAUAAAGCUUGCCAUCGACACGGCACUCUCUGCAAGAGACGAAUGGGAGAGAGCACCAUUCGAGCAACGGGCCGGUGUGUUCCUGAAAGCAGCCGAUUUGAUGGGCACAAAGUAUCGAUACAAACUGUUGGCAUCUACAAUGUUGGGCACAGCUAAAACAGCAACACAAGCCGAGUAUGAUUGUACCUGUGAGCUCAUUGAUUUCUAUCGUUUCUCUGUGAAGGCGGCCGAGGAAAUAUAUAACGAGCAGCAGGUGUUGCAUUCGCACGGAGUUUGGAAUCGAUUGGUUUACAGAGGAUUGGAGGGGUUCUUUGCUGCAAUCUCUCCCUUCAAUUUCACUGCAUUAGGAGGGAACCUUGCUGGUGCACCGGCUCUAAUGGGAAACGUUGUGUUGUGGAAGAAUGCCUCGACUGCUCUCCACUCGUCGUGGCUUGUGUUCAACAUACUGAGAGAAGCGGGACUGCCUGAUGGUGUGAUUAACUUUGUUCCAUCAUCUGGUCCUGUGUUUGGUAAGAUGGUAACAAGCUCUCCAGACUUGGCUGGGAUUGGGUUUACUGGCAGUGGAGACACAUUUAAAUAUCUCUGGAAAGAAGUUGGAAAAAACAUUGACAGUUACAAGACAUUCCCACGUCUCAUAGGAGAAUGUGGAGGAAAGAACUAUCACUUUGUUCAUCCGUCUGCUGAUGUUGAGUCUGCUAUCAAUGGAGCGAUACGUGCUGGGUAUGAAUAUGGUGGGCAGAAGUGUUCGGCUCUUGGUCGCCAGUAUGUGCCUGAAUCACUGUGGCCACAGAUCAAAGAAGGCAUGGUCGAGGCGAUGAAGACCAUCAAAGUUGGACCACCUGACGAGCCUCCGACGUUCUACUCAGCUGUUAUUGACCAAAAUUCGUUCAACAACAUCAAAGGUUAUAUUGAACACGCAAAGUCGAACAGCGAUCUGAGCAUUGUUUAUGGUGGGGAGUGUGAUGACAGUGUCGGGUAUUAUGUGUAUCCCACGCUGGUUGAGACCAAGGAUCCACGCAGCAAACUGAUGGUGGAGGAAAUUUUUGGUCCAGUGAUCACGACGUAUGUUUACCCGGACGAUAAAGUAGAGGAGACACUGAAAUUGGUGAAUGAGACGUCGCCGUUUGGUCUGACUGGUGCCAUAUAUUCCAAGGACAGUUAUUUCCUUCAUCAUGCAGCAUCUGUUCUUCGUCACUCGGCUGGUAACAUGUACUUCAAUGACAAGUCAACCGGCUCUGUAGUCGGACAGCAACCAUUCGGUGGUGGCCGACUGUCAGGUACGAACGACAAAACAGGCACCAAAGUCCUCCUCCAGAGGUACGUAUCCCCCUUAGCCAUAAAGGAGCAGUUCCAACCUCUCACACGUUGGGACUACCCAUCGAUGGCCAAGUGAUGAAACACCAACAAACAGUAACAUUACUGUUAAUUAAUCAGUUCAUCAUUCAUUCAUAAACUGCACUGUCUAGCCAGCUGACUAGCUCAAUGCAUUUUGUAGUCAUAUUUUCUUUAUUAAUGUUCGUUGUGUUGACUGACUAUCAGCUUGGCUCGUCUGGCUUAGCUUUUCGUGCUUUCAAUAGUCCUCGUGUCUUCA